AUGUCUUGUCUUGCCGUUGUUCUCGACGGUCCCAAGGCAAAAAACGGGCGACGCGUAUUUGAAAGUUUCGUCGAAGAAAACAAAAUGAGCUUCUGGAACAGAGAUCUUGUUGCUGCCUCUGCUUCACUCAUAUAUAUGGGGUUCAUGAGGCCAGGAACGCUGUUCAUUUCUGGAGAAACGAAACAUCUCACCGUACUCAAGGAUGCUUGGGCUCGACGCUUACUGAAGCCAGCCGCUGGAUACAAAAUUGCUUCGUUAGGCGAUCUCGGAGCGAUUCAACAAGUUGAACAAAUGCAUUUUGUACCCCUUGGGGAUGUGAUUUGUGACGCUAUUGCACAGUUAAAUCGGGCAGGACAACCGGCGACAGAGACUUCGAUCCGCCAACACGUUGCUAGACACUGUGCCCAUGUGGCCCCGCCAGGAGUCGAAAUGGUGCGCCAGACGCUCUCUUCCCUUCUCGCCACUGGAUUCAUAUAUAAAAUGGGAGAACACUAUUUUGUCGCUGUCCCAACCAACUCGCCACCUAAACAGAAGAACACAGUGGAAUGCCAGACGGGCACCUCAAUCAUAACUCAACCAAAAGACAAAGAAUCGAAGUCGCAGAAGAAGGGGAUCUUUGCUAGACUGUUCAGCCGCGGAAUGCGCCCAACAACGAUGAUGCCACCAGUCAACCCGCAGCCAGUUGCUUUCAAUCCAGCACAGUGCUUAGCUACUCUUGCUGCCCAUCCCGUCCCAUUGCCACCGAAAAAUAAAUUCCCGACAUAUCAUGAGGAUCUCAAGAACGAAUGCCGCGAUGUGAAAGGACAGAAGCGCGCUCAGCGUCGGCGACGCCGUGAAGCGAGACUCCUGAGCUCCUCGUCCGAAUGUCUCAAUUACGGGCCAAUCGACCCACCAGAGCUUCUCCCAGGAUGUGUCGAAGUUGUUGAUGAUUUGACCGUUAAAAGACAACAGAAGAGGCGGCCAGUUCCGAAGACUCCAAUGGCAUAUCCACCACGUAGAGAAGCCCCCACUGUUAGAACAUCGACUCCAAUUGAAUCCGACUCGGCAUAUUCACCAUCACCAGUCACCGACUCAAAUGACGACGACGUUGGAAGUCAUAGCGAUCCAGAGGUCAACCACACUUAUAUCAAUCUCUGCAAACUUCAAAACAACGAUUCGACUCAGUUCGAAGACCUCACCUGCACCACCGACGAUCAACCUCAGAUUUUGGCGUCUCAAAUGCGCGGAGUUCUAAUUUCCAAUUUAUAA